AUGUCUUCUCCAACCUUCGACGUUAACACAACCGCGAAAGAUGUUGCUGCCGCGUUCCCCGAGCAAAUCAAAGGCAAAACAGUUCUGAUAACUGGGACGUCUCUGAAGAGCAUCGGGUUUACGACCGCGCAAGCCUUCGCCAAGGAUGUGGGCCUUCUUAUCAUCACUGGUCGAAGCCACGAGAAGCUCAAAGCAACCGAGGCGGCGCUGAAGACGGAAUUCCCCGGUGCAAACAUUCGGCCUCUUGUCCUCGAUCUUGCGUCUCGCACAUCUGUUAGAAAGGCUGCUGCAGAGGUCAAUAGCUAUUCGGAACCCCUUCAUAUUCUCAUUCACAAUGCUGCCGAUGUGAUUGGGCCGUUCCGAUUGAACGAGGAUAGGCUCGAGUCACAAUUUUCUUCUGACCAUGUUAGCCCCUUCCUGUUCACCAAACUUCUUGCGCCAAAAAUUCUCGCGUCGGCCGCCCCUGGCAUCGUCCCGCGUGUUAUCUUCGUCUCAAGUCUUGCCCACGGAUUCGGUAUAAUUGACUGGGACACCUUGGCCAAUCCCGACGAGGCCAAGUAUAACGCCGUGGGAGCUUACGCUCAAGCCAAAAUUGCCAAUGUUUUGACCGCUAAGGAGCUCACCAAGCGGUCUGGCGGGCGAAUCCAAUCAUUCAGCUUACACCCAGGCACCAUCGCCACGAGUGAGGCUCCGGCUACCGUCACUACUUUGCAGGCAAUUGGCAUAUAUACGCCUGAGGGCAAGCCCGAUACUGAGAAGCACCCCUUCAUCAGUCAGGAGCAGGGUGCGGCAACCACUGUUGCCGCUGCCAUCGACCCUCGCAUCGAGGGCAAAGGCGGCGCAUAUUUGAGCUCCUCAAACAUCGCAGACGACGAAGUUUCGGCCUUCGCUGCGGAUUUGGCCAAUGCAGAGAAGCUGUGGACACUGACUGAAGAACUGCUGGGAGAGAAAUUUGUGUUUGCGUAG